AUGUACCAAAGUUCGGGAUACUGUGAACAACAAUGUGCUGGGUAUAGAGUGGCAGCAUUAAAGAAUGGUAACGAAUGUUAUUGUGGUGAUGUCGAUCCUACUUCUCAAAGUAAUGGAUGUAAUAUCAAAUGUUCAGGUUGGCCCCUGGACACUUGUGGUGGAAGUUCUGCCUAUAUGGUGUACAUUAAUGCCGACGCUGAUUCCCAGGCACAGUCAAGUUCAACGUCAUCAACAUCAACAAGUUCAACAAGUUCAACAUCAUCAUCAAAAUCUACAUCAUCAUCAAGUUCAUCUACCUCUUCAUCUUCAACAUCAACGGAACAACCAUCUACCACCACCAUUCAAGCAACAACAACCGAACAGACUACAGCAGAACCAGAGUCCACCGAACAACCAGAAACAACAGAAAAACCAGAAACAACUUCAUCAUCACGUACAACCACUCAACCUCGAACCACUACAGUAGUUUCCACAUCAGUACAAAAUGGUACUCCUAGUGUUGUUUACAAAACAAUAGUAGCAACCCCAAGUUCGAAUCCGUCUACAUCUUCUUCCUCAAGCUCAAGUUCAAGUUCAAGCACAAUACCACCAUCUACAUCUACAUCUUCAUCUCCAUCAGAAACUGGAAGUAACGAUAAAGGUAAAAACCAAUCCAAAUCGUCGGUUUCAGGAGGCACAAUAGCAGGAGCUGUAGUUGGGUCAGUGGCAGGAACAGCAUUAGUUGCAGGAUUAGUGUUUUUGUUCUGCUGGUAUAGAAGAAAGAAGCAAGAUGAAUACGAUGACGACGUUGAUGAUCAAUUUACACUUUCUGGACCUAAACAAGAAAUGGAACAACAUCCAUAUUCAACGAUAGGUGGUGGCGGCGCUGGUGGCGGUGGAGGAGCAGCAAUGUUGGAUCCUAAUCCAUUUUUAAUUGCUGGUGGCUAUAAUAAUUUUGAUACAUCUCAACAACAAACCCCACGACAACAAAUUAUAUCAAAUGGAACUGUCACCGGAUCAGGCGGUUAUGGACACAAUCAUAAAAUAAGUUCUAGUGGAACCAGUGGUGAUGGCAAUCACUCAUUUGGAUCUCAAACUGAUACCGAAUUUGCAUUCUAUGAUUAUAGCAACUCCAACAAUAACAAUAAUAACAAUAAUACCACCACUAGCCCCAAUAUCAAUAACAACAAUAACAAUACUAAUAACGGAGUUUUGCAUACAAAUUCGCCGAAUCCAGAAUUUGGUAGACGAAGAUUGAGUAAUGGAUCAUUACCUGAUAUGAUUGCUCGAAAUCCUGGAUCUUUGAAAGUGGUCAAUAAUUGA